CAAAGUUUCAAAGGUGCAACUGCAGUCUGACUGAGCAGAAGUUGGACUUUUGCUGAAGACAUGGGAAAACGCCACGAGAAUACUACAGCGACGUUCGUGUUUAUGGAUACAUUGUAGACAGUCACUGAAGAUCCUGGUGUUUGUCCUAUGCAACAACUGAAAGGAAAUAGACAUCCUGCCCUCACUGAUGACAGUCCUGUUAACCACCCAGGAGUAGAUGUCACAAGCUAACCUGAGGGGUGCAACCAUGAUGAACGACGCCAGUGAGAUGUUGGCCGCAGCCUUGGAGCAAAUGGAUGGAAUCAUAGCAGGCUCCAAGGCCAUUGACUACUCCAACGGCCUGUUCGACUGCCAGUCCCCCACCUCGCCCUUCAUCAGCAGCCUGCGGGCGCUGCACCUCCUGGAGGACCUGCGCGGGGCUCUGGAGCUCAUGGACGCCGACGAGCGGGACAGCCUGCGCUGCCAGGUGUCCGACAGCACCGCCGACGGCCUGAGCGAGUGGCUCCAGGGACGCCUGAGCAAUGGCCACAGUUCCGUUGGAGGGGAUCUCGUCUACCAGGAGCGACUCAGUCGCCUCGAGAGCGACAAGGAAUGCCUCGUGCUCCAGGUGAGUGUUUUGACGGACCAGGUGGAGGUGCAGGGCGAAAAAAUAAGGGACCUGGAGAUGUGUCUAGAAGAACACCGCGAGAAACUGAACUCCACAGAAGAGCUGCUUCAGCAGGAGCUGGUAGGCCGAUCUACUCUGGAGACUCAGAAACUGGAGCUGAUGACUGAGGUGUCCAGCCUCAAGCUAAAACUGACCGCCGUGGAGAGGGACCACAGGGAAACCGAGGCUCUACACCAGGAGGUGAAUGACCUUCGAGUUCGGGUCGUUGACAUGGAGAAUGAGAGAAUACAGCAAGAUAAGAAGCUGAGAGCCAACAAAGAGGAGCUGCUGGACUUGCAGAAACAGCUGGAGGAGAAAGAGGCAGAGUUGAAGGGCCUUCAUGACCAGACACUGCAAGACGUUGCAAGCCCAAAAGGUGGCCUGAAUGUAGACAAAGAUAUGGAAGUGCAAAGAAUGAAAAAGGUAAUGGAAUCGGUGAUGGCAGCAAACGCUGAGAAGGAUCGUCAAAUUGAAGAGCUUCAGCUGUCUUUGACACACAUCAAGAAGACUCAGGACAUGGUUCUGUCAGUGCAGGAUAAGAAAGAGAGACUGAGGGAGGACACCAGAGCGGGGAGCCUCGGCGAUAUCGCGACCUCGGUUGCCGUGGAGACAGAGACAUCCUCCCCGGGCGGUGCGGAGGAGACCGAUGAGCCCCAGCUGAUUCCGUGCACCGAGCUCUUGGAGUCGGAGUUGGUUUAUAUGGCGGCAGCCAAGGCCGCCCCCCCAGCCGGGCAGACCAGCGAGUCAAAGGCACAAGGGACCCCAGAGAACUCUUCGGACGGUUCUUUGUCAAGGAGCGCGGAUCGUGUUACCAAGGCACAAGAGGAAGAACCGCGGCUAAAGAGCAGCUCAGCAGCCAAAGCUAGCCCUGCCGAGGGAGAGGGCUUUGGCUCCAAGAAAGCUCGAUCCUCUUUUGGAAGAGGAUUCUUCAAGAUCCGAGGGGGCAAGAGGACUGCUAGUACCCCUAACUUAGACCGUAGUUGGAGUGCGAGUGCCCCUUCGUUAGCUGAGUCGGAGAGAAAGGGGACGGAGCACCUGGACUUGGCAGGAGCUCCAGCUCACAAGUCUCAAGCAGGAGAGACCACACAGGCAGCACCUGCAUUCACAGACACCAAGAAGAAGCACAAGGGACUGAGGAAGUUCUUUGGGAGACUCAGGAGGAGUCAGUCCACGUCGUUCAACCUGGAUGAUGCUGCAGAGGCGGAGUUCAGGAGGGGCGGAGUCAGAGCCACGGCAGGUCCUCGUCUGGGAUGGUCACGUGACCUGCAGCGACAGGGCAACAGCAGUGAGCUGGACACCCCGUUUGCGCGCUGGCCGAGGGAGCAGGUGUGUGGCUGGCUGCAGGAGCUGGGUCUGGGCAUGUACGCGCCUCAGGCCCAGCACUGGGUCCAGUCGGGCCAGACGCUGCUGCAGGCCUCUCAGCACGACCUGGAGAAGGAGCUGGGGAUCAAGCAUCCGCUCCACAGGAAGAAGCUGCAGUUAACUCUACAGGCUUUGGGCUCAGAGGAAGAGGAUGCCAAGGGCAAGCUGGACUACAACUGGGUGACCAGGUGGCUGGAUGACAUUGGCCUUCCUCAGUACAAGUCCCACUUUGACGAGGGCAGGGUGGACGGCCGUAUGCUCCACUACAUGACUGUGGAUGACGUGCUGGGUCUGAAGGUGGGCAGUGUCCUCCACCACCUCAGCAUCAAGCGGGCCAUCCAGGUGCUCCGCCUCAACCGCUACGAGCCCAACUGCCUCCGCCGACGACCCUCUGAUGAGAACAACAUCACCCCGGCCGAGAUCUGCCAGUGGACCAACCACCGGGUGAUGGAGUGGCUGCGCUCCGUGGACCUGGCCGAGUACGCGCCCAACCUGAGGGGCAGCGGCGUCCACGGGGGACUCAUGGUUCUGGAGCCGCGCUUCAACGUAGAGACCCUGGCCCUCCUGCUCAACAUCCCGCCCAAUAAGACCCUGCUCAGGCGUCACCUGGCAACCCACUUCCACCUCCUGAUUGGUUCAGAGGCCCAAAGACUCAAGCAGGAGAGUCUGGAAAACCCUGACUACACCUUACUCACCGCCACAGCCAAAGUCAAGCCCAGGAGGCUGUCGUUUGGCAGCUUCGGGACGCUGCGGCGCAAGCGGCAGGAGGAGAGCGAGGAGUACAUCUGCCCCAUGGACGUGGAGAUGCCCCAGAGCAGCAGCUUCCACCGGGGCCUGGGCAUCUAUGAAGACGAGCUGGACCACCUGGAGCAGAUGGAUGACUCAGAGGGAACUGUGAAACAAAUUGGGGCUUUUUCAGAAGGCAUUAACAACCUCACGAGUAUGCUGAAGGAGGAGGAGUUUUUCAGAGAGGGCUCACCGGACGCCAGUGCCACGGACGACGACAUGUGAACAACACAACGGCUGUCCUGAACCCCCCACCACUACAGUAUACAAAUUACUGUGGCAGUACCAGCACUUUGACCACUAAGCAAGCCCAGUGACAACACACACACACACACACACACAAACAAACUGUACUCAGCCUGAAUGUGACAGGAUUA